AUGUCCAAGCCACUCAAGGCCAGUGGCGAGCCCGGCAGCGAGGUCAAGCCGGAACUGGGCGAGGUUGAGAAUGGCGACACUUUUGCACAUGACGAUGUCUUUGGUGUAAUAUCAGAGGAUGGUCCAAAUUACAGGAAUGUGGGCUGGCUCGGAACCUCGAUUUUGAUGAUGAAGACUCAGAUCGGCCUGGGAGUCCUCUCAAUCCCUUCCGUCUUCGAUACCGUUGGCAUUGUCCCUGGGGUCAUCCUUCUGUGUGUUAUAGCUGGCAUCACCACUUGGUCAGAUUACAUCGUGGGUAUCUUCAAGCUACGACACCGUCACGUCUACGGCAUCGAUGAUGUUGGCCAGCUCAUGUUCGGUCGAUGGGGCCGCGAGUUCCUUGGUUGGGCCUUUUGUCUGCUCUUCGUCUUCACCGCAGGCUCCGCGAUGCUCAGCACCUCCAUUGCGCUGAACGCCAUCUCCAUGCACGGCACAUGCACGGCCGUCUUUGUGGCUGUUGCUGCCGUGAUCCUAUUCUUGCUUUCUAGCAUUCGGACGCUGGGUCGUAUCACCUGGCUGGCAUGGGUUGGCGUCGCAUGCAUUCUUACCGCUGUUUUCAUUGUCACCAUUGCCGUGGGGGUUCAGGACCGUCCGGCAGCAGCGCCUCAGGAAGGGGUGUGGAAAUCUAAUUACAAGGUCAUCCAAAGCCCCAGCUUCACUGACGCUAUUUCUGCCAUCAACACUCUGGUCUUCGCGUAUGCGGGAACGCCGGCCUUCUUCUCCAUCGUAGCCGAGAUGAGCGAGCCACGCCAUUAUACCAAGUCCAUGAUACUCUGCCAAAGUGUUGUUACGAUUACUUAUAUCACCAUCGGCGUCGUCGUCUACUAUUACUGCGGUUCCUACGUCGCGUCGCCCGCUCUGGGCUCGGCCGGCCCAUUACUCAAGAAGAUCUCCUAUGGUAUCGCCCUACCCGGCUUAUUGGUCUCUGGAACACUGUCAGCCCACUAUUCCAGCAAGCACAUCUUCGUCCGUUGCCUGCGAGGCACACGGCACCUGACCGCCAACACCGCCAAGCACUGGAUCACCUGGAUUGGCUCGACAUUCAGCGUCAGCAUGAUUGCCUACGUCAUUGCCAGUGGGAUCCCCAUCUUCAACACUUUGAUUUCUCUCGUCGGGGCUCUUCUGGGGACCGUCACCUGCUUCCAGCCCAUGGGCUGUAUGUGGCUUUACGACAACUGGAGAAACGAACGAACCACCCGGUGGUACAUGAUGGUCGCCUGGAGCGGCUUCGUCAUCAUAUCGGGGAUGUUCCUGAUGGUGGCCGGCACGUACAGCUCGAUUGUGGACAUCAUCGACUCCUCCGGAUCCGGGGCUUGGAGCUGCGCCGAUAAUUCGAGCUCUGUCUGA